AUGUUGGCCCAGGAGAAGCAAUCACUGGUGGUGAGAGUGUCGUACGAGGUAACGGUGCGACGAAUGAACUGCCUGCCAGAUCCACCGGAACCAGUUGUCGAAUGUUAUAGUGAUUCGCAAAAUGCUGCAGUCGAGAAAGAUGUUGGUGACGAAGUUAUGAAAGUGCUGACGAAGGCUACUGAUCGCGCAGCGAUGCAGAAAGAAAAAGCGCAAAAAAAGGAAAAUCUUGAUGGCACACAUGGCGAUAAGGCAUUUGGCGCACCAAUACAAAAGACAGACGAGCGAAAACAACGAAAGAAAUCGGGGAACGAAGAUUCGUCUAGCUUCGGCUCUGGAGUGGGCCAAAUCCCGCAGCAAAUAACCCCACCGCCCGAUACCUCGACAUUUGCAAUCCCAAGCGGAGUA